AUGGCCAAAGGACGCAGGGAGGGGCAGACACAGAGCCCCAACUCCCGGCCAGACGCGACAGCGGGCUUUCCCCAGCGCCGCUUCACUGCCAAGGAGGCGGAAACCCCGGCGGGGGCGGGGCGGGAGGGGCGUGGCAUCGCAGCCCCGAACGCGCCUUCCGGCCAACCGGAUCCCACGAAGGCGGGGGAACACGGGCUUCACGCCCCCUCGCCGCCGCGCCCUGAAAGCCGCACGCGGGAGACCCCCUUCCUGUCCCGCACACCCCGCGGGCCCAAAGCAAUGCAGCCCAAGGCCCCACCCACAUGGAGAGGAGGGGCGGGGCCGCAGCCGCGGGUAUUUAGCGCGAGCCCGUCCCGCCCCUUUCUCCACCACCGCACGCGCGCCGGCCCCGCCUCUGAUCGGCGGGACGAGGGCCCGCCCCUCCGUGCGCACCGGGACUACGCUCUCCUCCCCCUCCCGCACGGAGUGCGGCCCCGCUCCGCCCCCCAUAGCCACGCACGGGAAGCCGAGGCUGCAAUAUUAUUGGAGGAAGAAAAGCACCUCGUCACACCUCAUUGGACAGUCCCACAUAUCCCGCCCCACUACCGCCCCAGCCACAGGCCUAACAAAUCGGCUCCCGCCUCCGCCGGUCACCGCAUUGGAAGGCUACCUUUGGUUCUCUCACAGCCCCAGGAAGCCAUCUGGACUAUUCAGCAGCUACUUUCGGCAGCAGACUCCCAAAUUAAGGCCUGGAGCUCUAAACUGAUACACAGACCCAGAGAUUGCAAGCCAGUCGCCAGGGAUGGCUGCAUACUGUGACACUCGGACAACCUGAAUGUGCAGCCCUCAGGGGGCGGAGACAGCCAAGCGGAGGCCUUUAAAUGUCACCGCCUGGGCAAGCCUCCGGAAGGCGGAGCAUGAGGUAAAAUGUAUUCCCUAUUGGCAGGACAGAUCCAGAGACAUUUUAGACCAGGGGAACUGAGAUGCAGAAAAGCUCAAACAGACCACGGUAUAAAUAAACCUUGAGGGUGCAUUCAUAUUCA